GAUGGCACGGUCAACAUGGAUAAGAUGACAGAAGCACAGAAAACGGCUUAUUUAGAGGCACACGUAGCGGUACAACAACAUAUGGCUCAAGCUGCAGCUGCUGCUAGGCGUGAGCAACAACAACAGCAGCAGCAGCAACAACAACAACAGCAGCAACAACAACAGCAACAACAACAGCAGCAGCAACAACAACAACAGCAGCAGCAGCAACAACAACAGCAGCAGCAGCAACAACAACAGCAGCAGCAACAGCAACAGCAGCAACAACAACAACAACAACAACAACAGCAACAACACCAGCAACAUCAACAACAGCAACAGCAACAACAAUCUAAUAAUUCAAAUAAUACCUCGCGACAUCAUCAAGAAAUGCAAGUAAGUACACAGUAGGUUGACACAGACAACACGCAUCCAGGCCACCCCUCUCCACCAACAGUCAGUUCAACUCAACAUCACUAUGCAACCAUUAAUUCUCCAAUCAAAGUCCCACAAGUAAGUUCCAGCACGGGUGGUCCAGAUUCCACGUUUACAGUUCCAGAUGAUGUCGGAAUGGGAUUUGAAGGAGGAGUACGAGUUCUACAAAGCCUUGGCAAUUGGUCGCCAGAAGUAACAAAUAAUAUUCCUAGGCCAAAUUUGAUUCCCUUUACGGAACCAUACGCUGAAGGUGGAUCUAUGCACCCAGGAACACGCUUGAAAGCGCUCCAGGGUACCGCUGUAAGGAAACAUCCAGCUAUUAAACCUACCAGCUCAACUAACGACGGAAACAAAGCAUUCGAGUGUACUGUAUGCGGCAAAGGUUUAGCACGUAAAGACAAGUUAACAAUACAUAUGAGGAUACAUACUGGUGAAAAGCCGUACGUUUGUGAAGUUUGUAAUAAAGCGUUUGCAAGAAGGGAUAAACUGGUCCUGCAUAUGAAUAAGUUAAAACAUAUAACGCCUUCAAACAUAGCACCUUUGGGUAAACGGACUAUAACUAUACCUCGUAUUAAUAUUUUCUUUAAAUCUAUAAUAAAAUUAAAAUAUUAAUGUUUAUUUGCAGCUUUAAAAUUAGACGACGUUAAGCCGAAACAAGAAGAUACAAAGCCUAGUCAAGCAGAAAUCGCAGCAGUAGCUCAGCAACAGCAGCAGCAGCAGCAGCAACAACAACAGCAGCAGCAACAGCAACAACAUUCCCACCAGCAGCCGAUUCAGGUCUGCCAGGUACCGGGACACAACUUUACGAAUUCAAAUCUAGUUCACACAAGUGCUGCGACAGCCGCAGUAGCGGCUGCAACGGCGGGCAUGGUGGUGUCGUGGUCGUGCGAGCUCUGUGGUCGACUUUUCGCAACAAGAGAUGAAUGGAGUGCACAUGCCAAGUCACAUCUACCGGACACUAAAUUGCUUCAAGAUAAAAUGCAACAGGCCUCACAACAUCAGCAGCAAGAAAAAGUCCACCUUACAAAUCAAGAAAAACUACAAUUACUUCACCAUCAUAAUCAGAAUCAGCAAAUUUUGAACGGACACGGAAUAGCAACAGCAUCAGUAUCUACAGCUACUGUGGUGAAUGAAGGAGGAGGCGGAGGUGCAUACUUCACACAUGGGCACACACACUAUGCGCCAGAGCGGCAGCAUACGCACGCACACCAUCUGUGUCUCAUGUGUCGUCAGGAGUUCGCAGGAAAAGCGGAGUUCAUGUUCCAUGUAAGAGGGCAUUUCGAAGGUAAAGUGAGCGAUAUAGCCGCGGCUGAUGUGUUGGCGCGUUCUUUAGUCGACAACUCCGGCCUGUGUACCUGAGCCACGCCUACGCCCAUCGGCGCAUUUCAGUCAGAUGUUUGCGGCAAGGGCGUC